AUAGUUUGUUGUUUUCUUCCUGCGGAGGAGAAGGGGCCGGUGUGGACAACGAACCGCCCCGGCCUCUCCUCUCUCCUCCCCCUCCCACCCUGCCUCUGUCCUCGGGUCGUCCCUUCCCCACCUUUCACCCUCCCCUCGGCCCGGGAUCAGGCCUGUUCUCCCCGCCAGCUGGUUUGGUGGGGGCGAGGCCGAGAGCCGAGCUCGGGAGUCACCAUGGCGGCUGCCCUGGGUGCGGGCGGAGGAGCGGGAACCGGAGCCGGAGAUGAUGACUUUGAUCAAUUUGAUAAGCCUGGUGCAGAACGAUCUUGGAGAAGAAGAACUGGGGAUGAUGACUGGGACAGUGAACUUGAAGAUGAUUUGCUUGGAGAAGAUUUGCUGUCUGGCAAAAAGAAUCAGUCAGACUUGUCAGAUGAAGAACUGAAUGAUGAUCUUUUGCAGAGUGAUAAUGAAGAUGAACUAAAUUUCAGUUCCCAAGGUGUCACAAUUAGUCUUAACACUGCAUCUGGCAUGGUUACAUCAUUCGAACUCUCCGACAAUACUAAUGAUCAAUCUGUAGAACAUGAAUCGGAAUAUGAACAAGGAGAGGAUGAAAUGAUUUAUCACAAAUCUGAUGGAUCUGAAUUGUAUCCUCAAGACUAUACAGAAGAAGAACAGUAUGAAGGCCAUGAUGCUGAGUUGACAGAAGACCAAAUAGAAUAUGUUGAAGAACAGGGGGAGGAAGAAAUUGACAAUGAUGAAGUGCUAGACAUUGAAAUCAAUGAACCUCUAGAUGAAUUUCCAGAUGAAGAAUACAUGCAGUCUUAUGGUGGGCCGCAAGGAAUGCAAGAGCAAGACUAUGUGGCUGAAGAUGAAUUAGAGGAGAUGGCUGAUUCCCAAGCCGCUCCUGAAUCUGAAGAGGGAGCUAUUGAAACUCUGGAACUACAAAAGGAAAUUAAAGAGGAAUCUGAUGAAGAGGAGGAAGAUGAUGAAGAAUCUGGACGACAGCGUUUCAAAACUGAACGGAAAGAAGGAACAGUCAUUAGGCUCUCAGAUGUACCUAGAGAGAGAAGAAACAUUCCAGAAACUUUGGAACUUUCAGCUGAAGCCAAAGCUGCAUUGCUUGAAUUUGAAGAAAGGGAACGACAACAUAAACAAGGACGAUAUGGUUCCAGGCGAGGAGGAAGGAGAGGAGGUUCUCUAAUGUGUCGUGGAAUGGGAGAACAGAGAAGAGAUAACAGUGAAAGAGGAAGAAUAAAAGAUCACAGGCCUGGUCUUCUACCUACACAGCCUCCUGUAGUGACUCACUCACCGAGGUUAAUUCCACCACCUCAGCCACAACCACAGCAACAACCACAGCCUCCACCUCCACCACCUCCGCCACCACCUCCUCAACAGCAGCCUAUUAGAAGUCUAUUCCAGCAGCAACAGCUACAGCCUCUGCUUCCCUUACAGCAUCCACACCAUCCUUCUCCUCCUCAAGGAAUGCAUAUGCCACCCCAAAUGGAAACACCCAGGAUAAUGAUGACCCCACCACCAGUGACCCCUCAACAACCGAAGAACAUACAUAUAAAUCCUCAUUUCAAAGGAACAGUAGUAACCCCUGUGCAGGUGCCCUUGUUACCAGUACCCAGCCAGCCCAGACCUGCUGUAGGACCCCAGAGAUUCCCAGUUCCUCCAGAAUUUCCACAACAUACUCCUGGGCCUGUUCCUACCAAUUUCAGCCAGCCCCCAAGGCUUCCUCUCCAGGACCAAUGGAGAGCCCCACCACCUCCUCAGGACAGAGACCAUUUCUUCUUAGGAGUUUCAGGAGAACCAAGGUUCCCGAGCCAUCCUUUGUUUGAGCAACGAAGUCCCCCUCCACCACCACCACCUCCCACCAUUCUUAACAGCAGUCAUCCUGUUCCUACUCAGAAUCCUUUGCCUUUUACUCAGCCUGGACCAGCAUUUAAUCAACAGGGACAGCAACCAGUAUUUCCCAGAGAAAGACCUGUAAGACCAAACAUUCAACCUCCAGGUCCAGUGGGGAUUCUUCACUUCAACCAACCUGGCUCCGCGAAUACACGGCCUUUCAUUCCUCCCAGACAACCAUUCUUACCUGGCCCAGGACAGCCAUUUCUUCCAACACACACACAGCCUAACAUGCAGGGACCCUUGCAUCCUCCAUUGCCACCACCACAUCAACCCCAGCCUCAGCCUCAGCAGCAGCAGCAGCCCCAACAUCAACAACAACAGCCCCAGCAUCAACCACAACAUCAUCAGCAUCAGCCCCAACACCAGCCCCCGCUUCAGCCCCAACACCAACCUCCUCACCAACCUCCACAUCAGCCUCCACCCCAGCAUCAGCCUCCACAUCAGCCCCAACAUCAACCCCAGCACCAACCUCAGCACCAACCACCACACCAGCCUCAGCACCAACCUCAGCAGCAUCAGCCUCAGCAUCAGCAUCACCAUCACCUUUCUGUCCCACCACCACCUCUGAUUCCCAUGUCUCAGCCACCAUUUAGGCCUCACAUGCAGACUUCUCAGCCCCAGCAAAAUAACAAUAGAAUGCAGUGCCCUCAGCGACAGGGUCCAAGACAUAGUGCAGCUUCACAGAAUGUUGUCAAGCGGCCAAUUCAGCAAAUGCAGCCAACUGCUCCAAGAAAUAGCAAUUUGCGUGAAUUACCAAUAGCACCAUCCCAUGUUAUAGAAAUGAGUAACAACCGUUGCUCCUCUACACCUGCAGCACAAGUGAAACCAAUUACAAGUACCCCACCCCCUUCAAGAUCUGUUGUAGGUGUCAGGACCCCACAGGGAAAGACUGAAAUGAAAGUUAAACCAGUCAGCCCUGUGGUUCAAGCUAAAGUAGAAGUAAAAACAGAACCAGAGUUUCCUGAUGAAGAUGAAGAAACCAGAUUGUAUCGUUUAAAGAUAGAAGAACAGAAACGUUUAAGAGAAGAAAUCUUGAAACAAAAGGAAUUACGACGGCAGCAGCAGGCUGGUGCUAGAAAGAGGGAAUUACUUGAAAGACUUGCACAACAGCAACAGCAGCCUUAUACCCCGCAGCCCCCAGUACAGCAGGAGGAACAAACGUCACUCUCGCCAACUAAUGGGAGUCCACUGCUCCCUUAUCCUGGUGCACAAGUUAGACAAAAUGUAAAAAAUAGACUUCUUGUAAAAAAGCAAGACAUCACUAUUACAAAUGUUCAACCCAAAACUUCAAAUUUUGUACAAGCUGGUGCUAAUUUGCAAUACCAAGGACAACCAAUGAAACCAAUGAAACAGUUGAGACAGAAUAGAACAGUACCUCAAACUCAGCCCCAGCCAUCUCACAAAGUACUUCAAACAAAGCCUCCUGACAUGGAUGAAUUGCCAACUCCAACACAGACUGCUAGAGUGGCAUCAAUACAAGGCCAGCCCCAGGAAAUGAAACCUGGAGUGAAAAGGACUGUCAUGCAGCGGGCAAACAGUGGUAGUGGAGAUGGGCCACAUGUCAGCUCCAAAGUCAGGGUGAUUAAGUUGUCAGGAGGGCAGGGGGGAGAGAAUGUUGGCUUUUUUCACCCAGAGGGUCAACCCCAACGACUCCCUCAGUCUCCAGAACUAAGACAACAUCCUGUGCGGAAAGUCACACUGACAAAGGGAACACCACUUCAUCAGCAACAGCAGUCUCCAGCUGCAGCUCACAUACAUUCGACUGUUCCUCCAGGAGUUAAAAACAUCCCUGGAAUUCACUCAGCAAAGAAGGUCAUUAUGCAUGGGAGAGGCAGAGGAGUAGCAGGCCAGAUGGGCCGGGGACGCUUGAUGCCAAACAAACAGAACCUGCGCGUGGUGGAGUGCAAACCUCAGCCCUGUAUUGUGUCAGUUGAAGGGCUUUCUUCAUCAACUACUGAUGUCCAACUGAAAAACCUGCUGAUGUCAGUAGGACCCAUUCAGAGUUUACAGAUGCUUCCCCAGCAACGGAAAGCCAUCGCGAAGUUUAAGGAGCCAGCACACGCUUUAGCAUUUCAACAGAAGUUCCACAGGCAUAUGAUAGAUUUGUCCCACAUAAAUGUGGCACUGAUUGUUGAAUGAUUUCCACUAAGAAUAACCGACCCUUAUGCUAUAGAAACUACUGUGGAAUUUUCCCAAGGAGAGGCGAUGGGAGCAGAGUCACUUCAGGAGCCAAGAACUUGGUUGGCAGUCUACAAUCUUGCUUAACUGUGGCCUGGAGCUGCCAAAAGCAUGAUGGACGCCAAGAAAAGCUGAACUUAGAGGACCCAGAAGCGAACAGGAGUUUGAUGUCCACUUGCUCCCCGUCCUGUUGUAGCUACAAGGAACUAUAGUUUUGGUUUUUUAUUUUGUUUUUGUUUUGUUUUUUUUUCAAGUGCUUAUGAUGCAUGUAGACUUUGUUCUUUGAAAUCUGACUGUGUGAUCACAGUGACUUGGAUUGAGGAAAGAACAUUAACACGUCCCCCAUCUUAAAGAUUUUUUUUACUAGCAAAGAAUAUUUGAUAAUGGUUGCUCUUAUCUUCAGUGUAGGCUAGAAAAUAAUUUCCUUUUAUACAUAUUCAUAACUUCUUAGAAAGACCUCGGAAGGUGUAUGUCAAACGUAGAUCAAAAAUUUGGGGGAUCAAUCUGGUAUUUGUGUGGCCUAAAGGAGAUUAGAGGUAUUGGGUUGGGAGUUGUACCAAUGGAAGAGACAAGUUCUCAUUCUUGUAUAUAAGUCAAAGCCUGGCCUCACAUCCUCUGGGUUCCUGGCUGAAACCUUCCCUCCCCACCUCCCUUCACCUCCACUUUCUCCCAGUUCCCAAUUCCAGAGUUAAAUAGGCAUAACUGUGAUUUUCCCGUUGGCUUAAAAAGAUUCAUUUUAAAACUUUACUUGCAGGCCCAUAAACUGAUUCUCUAUUAGUAUGAGCCAUUUCUUGUCUAAGAUUGAACACAUUGGGGAAAUAACACUGGUGAUCAUGGUUCUGAUGAUCAUCAUUUCUUUUUGGGAAGGCCCUGGUGUGUACCGCCAUUUGGUAGAUUUAUCUGCAAAGACAACUUUAAUGUAAAGUGUAAUUUCACACAAAGAGUUUGCGAGUCAGUGAUUACUGUUGUAGGCAUACCCAAUACAACCCAAACUGUGGGUUCCCCGCUCAGAUCGCUUUUACUAAAUAAUUCUGGCCUGUUUCCUUUUGAUGAGAAACUUAAUUCUUUCCAAAGGAGCAAGCUCUGUUAAGGUUAAUUCUGGGCAAACCUUAAGAAAGUGCCUUAGUUCCAUCUUUGCUCGCAUAUUUUGUGAAAGAUACUUAUCAUUUGGGAUAGAUCUUACAAUGGGGACCUGAAAUGUUAGAGUAGAGAGUCCUGGGACAUCCUUGGACUUUUGAAUUAGUUUUUGUACUGACAGCUCCCUGAUCAUGUUGAUAGGCCUGUCACAUGAGAGAAGUGGGAAGAAACUCAGUGUCCUUCGAUGCAUUCACUAGAUAGCUGGCAAAAGGGUCCCACUAUAGAGUCCCUCAAACAGGAGUGGUCCUUUAUGCCUUGCACCCUUUCUUAGAGGAGACAAAGUUCACACAGCCUUUGUCAUCUGUUUUCUCACAGCGUAGAUUUUGUAUUACCUUUCAAAUUAAGUUACCAAAAAAAAUUUUUUUUAAGGCUAAGUCCUGGGAUUAUGGUAUUUCAGACCUUGAUUAGUCUUUCAAUAAAGUUGAUUCUGAAAGAACAUCAUGUUAUGUUGGAAGACUGGAGAGUAAUCUUAAGUUUUAUUUUUUUAAUGAUUGCUUGUCCCAAAAUUUGCAUCUCAGACUCACUAACCCAGAUGGAAUCAUAACUCCAUUAAAAGAGAAUUUAAUAUAUAGCUCUCUGCCUCCACAACUAAUAUGGAUCCCAUUUGGUUUAGUCUACCACCUCCACUCCCAAAUCCUGUCACUGGCAGCAGUCAUUACAGUACAGGAAGCUUGGUGCUUUCACCAUGCCUUUCCAUAUGAAAGACCAUACACAUGGCUUUCCUCUACCUGAGAAAAGCUGUCAACUCCCAUCUCAGGCAUACCCUUCCUCCAAAUGGAUGUUUGUACUCACACUAAAGAGGGUCCUAGCCCAUUAGUCUUAUGCCCAGAGGGCUAUAUUAAAAGGAGCAUGUUGAUAGCAGGCACACUUUAGUAGGAUCAACCUCAAAGCUUACAGUCCAUUCACUUUAACUGGUGGGUCAGCUUAUAUCUUAGUGGGCUUUAUUUUAAUGGGAACUAGAGGCUGAACUUUGGGGGACCUGGUGAUCUCCUUGGGGACAGUUUGAUCAGUUUUAAUGUUUCCUGAAAGUUGAAAAAAAAAUUUUUUUCUUUCCAACUUGGCUUUGAAAUAAAAAAUCUGGACACUAUGUCCCCAAGAUAGUAAGUAGCUUAUAAACAGGCUUCUUUCUAGUCACCAUUGAAAAUCAAACUUAAAAGGAAAUGCACCAACAGAUUUUGUAGUUGUUUUCAGGUUCACUUUUUGCAUCAUUAUCUGGAUAUUUUAGAUGGGGGCGAUCUUAUAUGUGCAAGUGAUUAUGCAUAUAGUCAUAAAUGAGCUAUUUCUUAAAUAUGAUGUUCCCCCAAAACGAGAUGAUCGAUAGAAUAAAUCUGGGUGUUUAUUGAGAUACUUGUUAGGAUCACUACUCAACCAGUGAAGAUGAAUUCUCCUGGCAUAAUCAUAGUAACUUGAGCAACAGAAUCGAGUUUUAGUUCCGCUUAUGAUUUUUCCCACCAAGGGAAAGGAGAAGGGAAGCCGAAUUAGCAAGGGAUGUCAGUUUCCAUUCUUGGAGCCCACGUAUAGCAGUUUAAAUCAGCUCCCCUAAGCGUAACCCUCUUGGAAGAUCUGUGGCAACCAUUAUCUUUGUUCUUUCUUUAUCAUGCAUUUAAAGGGAGAUGCAGAAUGCAAGCCGUUGCAUCUAAUUGUACUCUGUAAAUAUGGACCUUUUAAAAUUAAAAUGUUAUUCGAGAUGGAUAUUAUUCAGCAACCUAUUAACUAUUUGUUAGUUUUUUGUGUUGUCAUAUCAAAGUUGAAUGGAUACCGUUCCAUAAAUGUGGAUGUGUUUUUUGUGUGUAUCUUCGAUUUUUAUAAAGACGGUAGUAAGUCAAUACUUUUAUCCUGACCUGUGUAUUAUUUGUUCACAAAAUCCAGAAGCUUAAAACUAACUAGGAAUUAAUACCAGUAUAUCUCAUUUGGUCAAUACAUGAGGUGAUUAUGUAGAACCAAACCCCCAUCCCCCUUUUCUUUUGGCAUUGCCUUGUUUUUGGUCCUGUGCUGUUCCUUACCUCUAAUAAGCAAACCUGUCCAAUAGCAUUGGUUUGACCAUGUGCUUUGGGAAAUUCUUAGGUUUGUCUUCCUCUGGGGGUGGGGAAGGGGAGGGAGCACUCUUUUUUCCUGAAAAAAUCUUCGAAGGGUUUUCCCCUUGGGGUACAAACCAUUUAUGGAAUUCAUAGGUAACUGACUUUUAUUGGGUUGAACCAUUUAUGGGCACAAGAACCAGGGAGGGUUGUUCUUGUUAUGUUGGUUUUCAUUUUUUUGUGAAGCUCAAAUGGAAAGUCAUUUCAUUCUGCUUUUCUCACAAUUCUGAGUUGAGACACAAUAGGUUGUCAUCCUACUGGUCGUGGUGCUCAAAAAAAAUUUUUUUUAAAGCAUUCAAUCGGAUCAUGAGAACAGAAAGUGUUAGUAUUUAAGGCAUUGGGUAAGGUUCAUAGUGAGGGGAUAGGGAUCAGGAGAAAGAUAUUUUGCAGAACUAUGAAAUCCUAAAUCAGAUAUUUAAAAUAAAAGGUCUUUUAAAAGUCACACCUCUAGAAAACAGGUUCCUAAGAACACCCAAGGAAAAUGAGAACUCUAUAUGGACUGGUGUUUUAAGGUAACAAACAGAAAUGGAACGAGUGUACUCAAUCCUGUCCCAAUUAGCACCUUACCAUGUAGAGGGCCAAAGGGCUCCAGCUGACUAAGUGGAUCCCCCCCACUUCAGCGUUGCUAACCAAAUCAAUUAAUAAAAUGCUUACAUUUUGGGCCCAGGUUGGAUUUUAAAUGAACUUUCCGCCCCAGGGCUAUUCUUUUUCCCAGAAGGCUUGUCUUACAAAGAUUGGGUUUCUGAGUUUGUUUUCCAUAUCACUUUGUUUUGUUUUGUUUUUUAUUGUUGUUUGUUUGUUUGUUCGUUUGUUUUGUUGAAUUGGAAGGUAAGCUCACCAUGUUCACUGAUGCUUUGUCAUAGAUGGGGCAUUUGUCAUCUUUGUGGCAUGGGGGGAAAUGAGGCUGCAUUUUUUUUUCUGUCUGAAGCACUUUCUUUUCUAUGCUUUUGAGUAUAUUAGAAACUUCAUUAGCUUAUUUCUGGCUAGUUUUCUGACCCCAUACUUUACCCUUACCCAUCCCCAUCCCCAUUCCCAUCCCCCACUCCAUGCCAUUCUACUACAUGUUAAUAAGAAAUAAGUCCAAGAGAGCUUUGUAUAUUAAAAGUGACAAGUAAGUGGUUUAAUUUUUGAUCCUUGAUACCUCCUCCACAGUAGUUUUUGUAUUUGUAUUAUCUUUAGUAGCCUAGUGUUUCGUUUCUGUGCUUUUUCUACUUAGGGGUUUCAGCUCUAGCUUCAAAUACUUUUAGACUAAACUCUUGUUUUUAUUCAUCAAAGCACAAUUUUGUUUUUUUUUUCCUUGCAAUAAAAUACUUGAGGGUGUUUUUGGUACUUUAAAAAAAAACAACCAAAAAAGAACCCUCUGUGUGAGUUCACAAGAACUUCUGGGGGUGGGAAGGUGGCAUAAGGAAGGGAAAUGGGACCAGAAAUACUAUAUAGGGACAGGACGUUAACCAAACUGCAACUGGUACAAGUCUGUGUUAGGGGAAGACUGUCCAAUGUGAUCUCUCAACUCCCCUCACCCUCCACCUCCCUCUUUUUUUUUUUUUAAGGUGAAUGAAAUGUUAUCUUGAACAUUCUUUAAUAUGGAUUUACCGAAGGUAUCUAACCUUAAUUCAGUAUUAAAUCCUAAGGAUUUUCUGUAAGGUUAUUUUGUGACCUAUUUAAUUUUUAGUCUUAUAAAAAUGACUACCACGUAUUAGCCACAUAAGCCCAUGGUAUUGUGUAAAAACAAAACAGAAACACUGAUUCAUAUUGGAUCCUCAUGUAUACCACCUUUUUAGGUAUAAUAUGGUUGGGAAGGAUCAUUUGUUUCACUCUGCUUUUUGUAGAGGAUCUCUUAAGGCAUCUGCUCUCCAUUCCUAUGCUCUUGUUUUGGGUGGGGAAGGAUUUGAUGCUUUUGAGCAUAGGAGGAGGAACGCCCUGCUGCCCUCUGGAACUUUCUGUUGAGGGUUUACGUUUUCCUUUCACAUCUAACCAGAUGAAAUGGAAAGGGGUCAUUGAAUCAUUUUGAUUUGGUUUGAUGAUAUUAAUUUUACCAAGUUGUGGAAGAGAAAAGUAACAUUUGGAAAAUGUGAUGGGCUGGCCGGCUUAAGCUCAGCACCCCAUUGGGGGAUGAUGUUUUCAUCAUGUAGAUUUCACAUUGAAUAUGUUCUAUUAGCAGACCUGUUUAUAUAGUCAUUUAGUAUGACUUUUUUGAAAACUAGUUUUGAAUUUUUUUUAAAUUCUCGGAUAUAUUCCUGUGAUCUGAUUUCACUUUCUUCACAUCGUUUUUUUAGGCAGAUAGUUCACUCUAAUAAUUUCUUAAGAACACAUAUAUAAAAAUUAUAUAUAAAAAAGAAUACAUACAUAUAUAUAUAUAAAAUUCAGUUUGGGGAUAGGAAUAAUUGAUGGGGUUUUAUUUGCUUUUUCUUUUUUAGAUGAAAUAAAAUAGCAACUUACAUUAAUAAUUCAGCUUUGCUUUUCACAGGUGGGGAUCCAGAAUUUUUCAUUUUUUCCCCCUCUGAGGAUUUUUACUUCUAGAGUUGUAACUCCCCCACUUCAUUUGCAGGUACAACAAAGAAAACGCAAGAAUUCUGACUUAUUCCCACUUGUUUUUACUUUUUUCCGUUCUGGGCUUUUCGGUAAUCAUUCUUGCUCCAUCACUAACAUUCAUUGGGUUAGCUUGGCGAGGGCCUCCCUCCUCAUGCUUCUCCUUUUCCCACCUGGCAUCUUUCAGUUUCUUUGCUGGAACUGGCCAGCCAUUUCACUCUGCUAGCCCCUCAUUCCAUCCUGAAAUUCCCUUUUUGAUUUUGGCUCUUUUCCCUCUCAUUGGCCCCACUUCUCUCUUCCUUCCCACCUUACAUCUACCUCAUCUGCCAGCUUCACGUUCACCCUGCAUUCUUGCCUUUUUUCAGUUACACAUAUUUUUUUUUCUACUAGCCCUGCAUUCCACCCUUUAUUUGAAGAGAAAUUAUGUUUUUAAUUUUAAUGUGCCGUAUGUAAGUGUUUUCAUCUAAACCUAUUGCCUUGACAGGUUUCUGCUCUUAAUUGAUUUCUCUAGGUCGCUGAGUAGAGGGAGUAACAUUUUAAUUCUCUUAUUUUGCAGUUUUACCUUUUCUCUAUAGGGUUGUGCGUUGGUCCUUUAGCAAGGACCUUAUUGUCUGAGGUAUAACAAUGAAGAUAUAAUUACUCACCCGUUUUCUUUGUUUUUAUUUCCUCUCCUUUUGUAGGAGCUCUGGUUCUUGUUGAGUUCAGGAUAGGAUUAGUGCGCCAUAUUGUUGCCACUGGAUGUGAUGGCUUAUUUGACCUUACCCUAUUACUUUCACUGACUGUGAUCCUUCCUAACCUGUAAUGUCUGUACAGUGUACAUGCUGUAUUUGGGUAGAUGGGAGCGUUUACGUCAGAGGUACCAUUCUGAUAUGGACUGUGAAGCUUAUGCUUUUGGGAGGGCGUGUGUUGAAAGUUUACCAAUAAAGAGACAAGUCUGUCAUGACCCUGACUUUCCUCUGGGUUCCUCCAUUUCGUAUUUUCUCCCAAACAAAGCCUACAGAAAUGAAUUAUGUCUUCCUUUAAGAAAAAUAAUGUUGCCUUGUUAAAACUAUGUUCUCUACCUUGCAUUAGCCAUUGUACCAAUUCUGUCAAGGAAUACAUGUAAAAAGUAACACAGUAGCAGAAUUGAUAAUGUACAGUUAUGUAUCGUUUGUGAUUUCAUAAUGAAAAAUGUUUGUACAGUGAAAUAAGUUGUAACUUGGUCAUGUAAAUAAAAUGUUCGUUUUCUACUUUGAAAA